GGCUGCCCUAUCCUCCAUCUCAGGUAUUCAUUCAUCCAAAGCCGCAUACUACAUCGACAAGCCAGCAUCCGUGAUUCAUUCAUCCGUUCGUUCGUUUACCUCCACCGUAUCGCAUCUCUUCUCCAUACCUCAGCUCAAGCAUGGACCACGUACGCACGCAUACACCCCAUAACAUUAUCAUUGCACGUAGAUAGAUAGACACAUUUCAUGCAUCCAUCAUCGUCGUACUCAAUCGCAUCUGCAUUCCCACUCCCGGACUCGCGUAUUUGCAAUCUCGGUUUUUUUCUCUGCAUGCAUCACAUCACAUCAGCAUCUCCAUCGCCAUCAGGUUCUGUUUUCUUCUUCUAUUCAUUAGACUCUUCUCUUCCUAUUCCAGUUCCUUUGUGUUCUGUGCCCGCCGUUCUGGUCAUUGUGCGACGAUUCUUGUACGUCCUUCUUCCUAUCGGCGUAUCAUCUCAGUUGCGCCGAGUUGCUUGUUCCGUAACAUACAUGGUCAUUGGUCUUUGCAGACCGCGUUUAGUCUCUUACAUCUUCAUCAGACGUAUUUCGUCUUCUCUUCUCCUCUUCUGAGAUCCUUGGGUCUGCAUGCAUGUCUUCAUCGGCAUCGCAUCCACGCAUCUUCCAUCAGUUUAUGUGUUUCGUCCUACCGUGCGUCCCACGUACGGAGUCAUCCCACC